AUGGUGAAGCGCGGCAAUGGUCUCUCUCCACAAAAAGAUCUCCGUCGUUCAAGUCGUGAGCGGUCUAUGGUUUACCGCAGUUUAGCAGAGAAUGAUCUCGCUGAACGCCAUUUACGUGGCAGUUUUAUGAAAAGUAUAAUUCGAACGGCGACGGCACAAUUUCCACAACCUGCUGCUGGCUACACGCGGUCUGGGAGAAGAAUCGCAGGAAGCAACCAUUACGAAGAGAGCGAUUCUUCAGAUGAACGCGAAUAUGAAAAAACGAGGCGAAGAAGGUAUGUUAAGGAAGUAUACACUGAAGAAAGUGUGCGAUCGCCUAGCCCCAAACGUGGAUCAGUCAGGAGACGGGAUCUGAGGGAAGUUGGAGACCAUCAUGAGGAAGAACAAAGUGCGCAAGGAGAUCCAGCACAGUACGAUAUAGAAGCUGCCAACAUUCCGACUUCUCUUCCUAACUCUCCAACCUCCAUCAAUGGAAAUCAUUCUAAAGGGGCUUCUGAGUCUGCUCGUAGUCUGCGUCAUGCAAAUAGAGAACGCAUGUCGACAGGUGAUGCCGUAAAGGAUGAACCCAAUGGUGAGGUGGAAGGAAGUCAAUCUAGCGAAGAGACCGACGAGGACGAUGAGGAAAAGACGCCUGAACCUCGCCAGUAUUCGCUAAGAAAAUUCCGUCAGCCCGUUGAUCGAUUCGCGGCUACUGUGACCUUGAAAGAGAAGGAGAGCCAUAGAGAAGAGAGAAAUGAACGAACUCGUGGUCGAUCCACAGAUCGAAGGGAUCGCAAAGCAAAACGUUCAUCGAAACGGCGCCGGCGCGACAUGCGCAGUGACUCUUCUUCCACUUCGUCUAGUGGUAGCAGUGAUGAUCGUAUCAGAACUCGUAAUGAUGAUGUACGAUUUGAACGACGAAAGGAGAGAAGCCUAGCGAAAGCCCGCGAUCGGAUAUAUGCCCAUCAACCUCAAUGCCAAGCAGUAAUUCGUGAACGCUUACGCCAAACAGGGGGAUCAUGUACAGAUAUAGACCCGAUGAGCAUUGACAAAGGCAUUGGUUUCGAACAGGUGGGAGGCCUCGGGAGCACAUAUCCAAUCGUUAAAAGAGGUUGUGCUGUUCCCGAAUGUUAUAUCCUGAAAUAUUCAAGCAUUAAUAUUACGCUCCUCCAAGGGGUGGCAUUCUUCAUGCGAAAAGGUGCAGACUGUCUUAGCAAGUGGGUAGGCGAAGCAGAAAGACAGCUACGUGUGUUGUUCGACCAAGCAUACGCAAUGCGCCCCUCCAUCAUCUUCUUCGACGAGAUUGAUGGGCUUGCUCCGGUUCGAUCGUCGAAGCAAGACCAGAUUCACUCCAGUAUUGUAAGCACACUAUUAGCUCUGAUGGAUGGAUUGGACAACCGCGGAGAGGUGGUGGUCAUUGGCGCUACCAAUCGUCUGGACACAUUGGAUCCAGCUCUCCGGCGUCCAGGAAGAUUCGAUAGGGAAUUGAAGUUCUCACUGCCCGAUGCGAAUGCUAGGAAACAAAUACUAACCAUUCAUACAGCAAAAUGGGGAGCUUGUCAACCUGAUGAGAGCACGCUGACGUGGCUUGCGGAGGGAACCAGUGGCUAUUGUGGUGCCGAUUUACAGUACCUUUGCACCGAGGCUGUACUGGUCGCCUUGCGGUAUCGUUUUCCGCAUAUCUACAUGUCAGAAGAGCGCCUCAAGCUAGAUCCCUCUUUGCUUGUUGUUGAUAGGAACUGUUUUACAACUGCAAUGCGCCGGAUCACGCCUGCAUCAAGAAGGGAUCUUUCGAUCCCCUCUCGACAACUCGAUGAUCGAACUUCGAUAUUGCUGCUAAGCACAGUUACCUCAUUAUUGAACGUACGCAUACCGUCAGGGUACAAAAGCUCACAAUCAGUUCAAAACAGCUCAGCAUCCGAAUUGGAAAAAGUGGUUCGCGCUCUAGAACAGCCACCGUGUGUUCCAGCUGUGCGCCUGUUGAUCUGCGGCAGUCCAUCUCAUCCUGACCUGGGUCAGACGUCCUAUGUCUUACCUGCAGUACUCGGAAAGCUCGAUCAUCUCCCUGUGUUCUCUUUGGCAGUGGCCAGACUAUUCGCUGAUGGGAGGCCGGAGGAAACAUUGGCGCAAACGAUUCAGUCGGCACUUCGUUCAGCAGCCAAUGGGCCGUGCGUUUUGCUUUUGCCAAGCAUUGACCAGUGGUAUGCAGUGGUUCCGCCGAGUGUUACACAUAUGCUCGCGACAGCACUCGACUCUAUGCAUGGUUUCACAUCCAUUCUGUUUCUGGCAUCAUGUGACCGUGCUUACGAUUCUUGUUGCUCUGAAAUCAAGGACCUGUUCUGUCCAUCACAGAGUGUCAGUCUUAGUCCACCUAAAGAACUUUACCGACGACACUAUUUUGAACAUAUCAUUGCUAAUGCUCGGAUUCCUCCGAAGGUUUUCGAUCCUUCGCUGUAUAAAGAACCAGAGAAAGCUGGUCCUGUGGACACUGCAAUAGAACGGAAGCUGAAUGAGAGAGAGGCAAGAGAGCUUGUCAAAGAGUAUGAGAGUCAGCUCCGUCGAUUCCGUAUUUGGGCAAGGGAUAAGCUAAGCGCUCUUCGGCGUGAUCGUCGCUUCACGAUUUUUGUCAAGCCCGUUGACGUAGAGGAUGUCGAGGAUUACUACGACGUUAUAAAGAAUCCAAUGUGUAUAUCGGAGAUGGAGGACAAAAUCGAU